AUGGGAUCACAAACCAAUCUCAGACUCACUCUACAAACCAAACUCAGGCUCACUCCACAAACCAAACUCAGCCUCACUCCACAAACCAAACCCAGACUCACUCUACAAACCAGACUCAGACUCACUCCACAAACCAAACUCAGACUCGCUCCGCAAACAAAACUCAGACUCGCUCCACAAACCAAACUCAGACUCGCUCCACAAACCAAACUCAGACUCACUCCACAAACCAAACUCAGACUCACUCCACAAACCAAACUCAGACUCACUCCACAAACCAAACUCAGACUCACUCCACAAACCAAACUCAGACUCACUCCACAAACCAAACUCAGACUCACUCCACAAACCAAACUCAGACUCACUCCACAAACCAAACUCAGACUCACUCCACAAACCAAACUCAGACUCACUCCACAAACCAAACUCAGACUCACUCCACAAACCAAACCCAGACUCACUCCACAAACCAAACUCAGACUCACUCCACAAACCAAACUCAGACUCACUCCACAAACCAAACUCAGACUCACUCCACAAACCAAACUCAGACUCACUCCACAAACCAAACUCAGACUCACUCCACAAACCAAACUCAGACUCACUCCACAAACCAAACUCAGACUCACUCCACAAACCAAACUCAGACUCACUCCACAAACCAAACUCAGACUCACUCCACAAACCAAACUCAGACUCACUCCACAAACCAAACCCAGACUCACUCCACAAACCAAACCCAGACUCACUCCACAAACCAAACUCAGACUCACUCCACAAACCAAACCCAGACUCACUCCACAAACCAAACUCUGAAAUAUUUGAUUUCUUUACGAAACCAAAUUUCAAAUGUACAUGUAUGUACCAGAAUCCAAUCUUCAUAUGGGAUCACAAACCAAUCUCAGACUCACUCUACAAACCAAACUCAGACUCACUCUACAAACCAAAUUCAGACUCACUCCACAAACCAAACUC